AUAGUGGAUAGCUGUCAUGCUAAUUCUUUGCUGUUCUUUGACACUGAUAAUGAAAAACAAUAGAUAGAAGCAGUGAUGUCGACAGCCUUCAUACUUUUCUUCCUUUUGCUGAAACAAUCGGCGUUGGCCGCAGAAAUGGAACUGCUUCUUGUACAUGCGCUUUGGAGGCACGGAGACCGAUCACCAACAAAAACAUUCCCAAAAGACCCCAUACAAGAGGAUGACUGGAAAUUUGGAGGCGGGGGUUUUGGACAACUCUCACCGAUCGGAAUGCGACAACACUAUAACCUCGGCAGACAAAUUAGACGACGAUACAUCGACAGACUCGGAUUUCUGUCAAAAAAGUAUUCAUCAAAAGAGAUAUACGUCCGCUCAACUGAUUUCAAUAGAACAAUAAUAUCGGCACUGUCGAAUCUGAUGGGAAUGUAUGGUUAUAACCAUGGUCACAGCGAAAAAAAUGUCGAUUAUCCAGAUGUAGAAGGAUGGCCUACAGGAUAUGUUCCUAUUGCAGUACACACGGUUGAAGCGGCCACAGACUAUUUGUUGCCAGCGGAACACGAAUCAACUAUAUGCAAAAGGCGUAAUCAGUUGCGCAAAAUCGCACAGGAAUCCGAAGAAGCAAAAGCCUUCCUCACCAGUCAUGAAGUUGUCGAGUUGUUCAAAAACUUAACUGCUUUUUGUGGACAGAAUAUUACCGUUAACAAUUUCUGGAGUAUACGUGAUAUACUUAUGAUCGAGCAAAUACAUAAAAAGGAUAGACUGCGAAAUGAAAGCAAAUGGUUUUCGGACGAGCUUUUCAAGAAGAUGACUGAAGUCGACAUUCGCAUAGAGCCCUAUCAAGCAGCUACCUUCAAUAAGACCGUAACCUUCAACAACCUUGAUCUCUGGCAAGAAUAUCAAAAAGUCUGUGGAGGGUCACUCUUCAACGACAUCAAAAUGCGUAUGGAUUUGAAGUGGGAUUGCUUAAUAAAUCAUCAUUCAAGGUGCAGAUGGAUUGACGGCCUCAAAUAUUUUGUUUAUUCUGCACACGAUGUCAAUGUAUUCGCUUUCUUUUCCAUUUUGCGACUUCUUCACUCUGAGGUGGUAAUGCCUGAUGGAUACGUACCGUACGCUGCUGCCGUAUUCGUCGAGUUAUGGAAGAACAAUACAGAUGGAAAGCCAUAUUUCAGGCUGGCUUAUCAUAGAAAACCUGAUGAGACAGGUGAUACUAUCUACACAAUAACGCAGGAGAUAGAACCUUGCGAAGGAAAAGAAUUUUGUAAGCUGGAUGUGUACAGAGAUAUUGCUGCAAAAGUGAAACCAGACCAAGAAAUGGCGAAGUUGUGUCUUAUCGAUCCUAAUCCAAGCAGUUCUACCGAGUCUCCACCCAGUCCUGCAUCCACGAUGUGGCAGCCGCAUUUUAUGAUAGCCUUGAUCCUUCUCUCACUCAAAUGGGUAUACUUCUGAGAAACAAGCAAACACACACAAGUUCGUGAUGUGCUCAAGGAGAAAAUCUAGUCAUUUUAUCGAGUCGUUUCAUAAGUUCAUAGAUUUUUCAUAACCAACGAAAUAGCGAAAUUUUAUCAAAUUCGGUCGGUGAUGUAUAUUCCGCUGUUGCAUUCAACUUUCUGCCACCUUGCCGUCAGAUUUUGAACUCUGCUUUCAGCGGGUCUGGCCAAAAAAGUCUCUUGACCAGCGCC